UCUCUCUCCGUACACCGGCUUUAGUAGUUAGUCUAUUUUCACGCUUUACGCAAAGGGAGACUGCAUUCACGGGUUGAGGUUUUAUCGCUCACCGUUGUGCGUAAAAAGGCGCGUCCUCGUCCUUGCUGGCUCUCACGUUAUCACUAUAUCCUUAGGGGAGGCAAAUAAAAGGUUUUGCCAAAGCCCAACAGUGAUGCAAAGUCUGGUAGGUGACUGUUCUCACCAACAGUGCACAUGGUUUUGACACGGACCCACAUGUCACUCGGACUAGCGCUGGGACCUGCGCACUUGGUUGUAUGACUUAUGUCGUAAAGCUUGUGCAUAUAUAUUUCAACACACAAUGUUUUUAAAAGAUGCGGCACCUGUUUGCGAAUGUUGCAGAAAACGGGUAGAGGACUGCUUACCUUGCUGUUGAUGGUGAUGGAGUUGAGCCGGCCAGGCCUUUCGUCCCCACUGAGGCCAAUCUGUGACCUGAGGGUCCUGAACCAUUUCAUUAAGGAAGCACAAGAUGCAGAAGUCGCUAUGAAGUCAUGUAGAGAAGGCUGUAGCCUGUCAGAGGCCGUCACUGUUCCACAAACCAGAGUCGACUUUGAUGUCUGGGAGAAGAAAAAUGGAUUAGAGCAAGCCCAGGAGGUGCAGUCUGGCUUGUGGCUCUUACAACAGGCCCUCGGCUUGCUACGGACCUCAGUCACCAACACAGCUCUGCACAGUCACAUAGAUAACUCCGUCAGAAACCUGCUCAGCAUCAAUGCUGUGCUGCGUAGCCUCAACAUCCAGGAAUAUACCCCGCCAGCAAGUGCAGCGGGGCUUGAAGGAACAUGGAGGGUGUCCUCUGCAACAGAUUUGCUUCAAGUCCACGUCAACUUCCUGCGAGGCAAAGUGCGUCUCCUUCUUUUGGAUGCACAGGCUUGCCACCAAGAUGUCAGCUGAUCUCCCUACUCCAGGCGAAGCGAAUUUGUGUUUACGAAGGCAAGAGGAGGGACUCGACACUGUUGACCUGCACGCUGGCUGCUGGAAGCAGAGAGAAAGUGGAAAGAGAGAAAGAUGCAGCUGUCCUCACAUAAGGGGAAGAAGCUGAAAGGAGAGGACAGUCCCAGCUAGGCUUUGGAUGGACAGGAAGAUGAUGCACCUUAGAAUGUAGAUGUGAAACAUAGACAUGGUGAAGCACACACUGACCACAAUGAGGCCUAUGGGAAGCACUGCUCCAAUAGCUGUUCUACUGGCACUAUCUUGCACUUUGUGUGUGGAUGUACUUUUGUUUGUGCGAGUUGAGACUGCAAGUUUAAAUCUGUGUUUGUGUGCAUGUUCCCUGUGUUUUUUCUACCCCUACACUCACCUCUUUAUAGUAAAUUGUGGAGCGAAACACCCAGAAAAUAUUGAUUGCACCUGGAAAGGUUGCAACAGGGCCUCCAUUUCCAAUACGACUGCAAAAAGGCCAAAACAAAUAAGGCCUCCAGUACAAGCCUUUACCUUGUUUCAACUCUGCCUCACAUUAGUCUCUACUCUUGGAUUUGUUUUUUGUUGCAACAAAUAUUUCUAUGUAUUUGUAAAAGUUGUGCGAUAACUAUUUAUACAGAUUUUCUACUUUUAAACUCGUCUUUGUAUUUUUUAGUGUCUUAAUAUUUUAGUAGAGCUGUCAUUGCCUUGCUCUCUUGUGUAACACUGGACACAAUUUCAAAGCUUUGUUGACAAUAUUUGCAAUAGCACGCUGCUGUCUUCCUUUUUUUUUUGUUAAAUAAAGAUUGUAAGUAGCUGCCUAGCUGUUCACAUCGUAUGUCCCUUCCCACAGAAUGAAGGAUUAAAGAGUUGAAGCGGAGGUUCAGUUACAGUGGACGAGGCAGCAAGAGGUCGGCUGGUUGGAGUUACAUGAGAACUGUGAAGCUGAUUUGUUAUCUGUGUUUUUGUUGCUGCCUCACUAACACUCAGCCAGUCUUGACACAUUGAAAGCCAGACUGUCCGGAAAAAUGCUGUUUGGCUUUUACAAUUAACAUCAUGUGAGGCUGCGAUUGCAAAUAGUUUUCCAGAAUCUGACGUAAGCUCCGUUUCUUGUUCGUCAUCAAACUGCAGGCAUGCAAUUAGUUAGCCCUGGGAACUUGAGGCUUUGUAUAAAAUUGAUGCACAACUCUUUCAGACCGGUUAAGUGUUCUUCCUUGUUUUUAAAUGUUGUUGUGCAAGUGCAAAAGGAUGUUUGUACAUGUUUUCUUUCCUGUUAUUUUUGUGUUGAUUUGUCCCAUCACUGUAUAAUUUGCUAUUUAAAUACAAAAUAUUAUUCUUGGAUA